AUGAACGCGUCCAGAACAGAUUUGCUGAACUGGGUGAACGAACUGCUCCAGUUGGGCUACACGAAGGUGGAGCAAUGUGGGACUGGAGCCGCGUACUGCCAGAUCAUUGACUCCAUUUACGGCGAUGUACCCAUGCAGCGAGUCAAAAUGAAUGCCAAACACGAAUACGAGUUCAUCGCCAACUUCAAAAUCAUGCAGAACGUGUUCAAGUCGAAGAAGAUCGAUAAGCCGAUACCGGUGGAAAAAUUGGUCAAGUGCAAGAUGCAGGACAACCUCGAAUUUCUUCAGUGGAUCAAGAGAUACUGGGAUCAGAACUAUGGUGGGCAAGGUUACGAUCCGGUGGCUCGACGCAAGGGUGCUCCGGCUGAUCCUCCCGCGACGAUGGCACCUAUCUCAGCUGGAACCAGCCGUGGUCUUGGAACAAGUGCACGAGCGGGAGGACGAACACCGAUAGGCGGACAUCGGGCGGGAUCCACUCAGCCCAAUGAAGCCGUUCAGCAUCUUCAAAAUCAGAUCAAGGAUCUUAGUUCGCAUUUGGAGGGACUAGAGAAGGAGAGAGAUUUCUACUUUGAGAAGCUCCGGGAGAUCGAGAUCCUCGUGCAAGCACAGGUGGAAGCCCUUGAGGCUUCAGGAAAGGGCGAUGCCACCUUGAAGGAUAUCCAGAAGAUUCUGUAUUCGACCGAGGACGGCUUUGAGGUCCCGGAAGGCCAGACAGAUGAUGAGGAGACCUUCUAAGAACACGAUUUACCAUCCGUAUCACCCAAGACCGAUCGCGCGUAUUUUUAACUAUUCAUAUCCACUACUACCCUACGCAGAUGUAAAUUCAGAUCAUUCCCUUUAGUAUGUUUCUUCUUGUUCAUACGCUUCUGAUUUUGUCCCUCCUCUUGUAG